UUUUCCCUUCCUUCAAUGACGAUGGGUGACAUGAUAUCUGAGGAACUGGAAGAUUUGAUGCAUUUCUCCGUCCACGAUUUACCAACUCGUGGUUAUUCGGUUAUGGAAGAGAUCCGACGACAGGGGAAACUCUGUGAUGUGACACUGAAGGUGGGAGAGCAUAAGUUUAGUGCCCACAGGAUCGUUCUGGCCGCCUCGAUUCCUUACUUCCACGCCAUGUUCACGAAUGACAUGGUCGAAUGCAAACAGGAUGAGAUCGUCAUGCAAGGCAUGGAUCCCAGUGCUCUCGAAGCGCUGAUCAAUUUUGCCUAUAACGGACACAUAGCCAUAGACCAGCAGAACGUUCAAGCGCUCCUGAUCGGCGCCAGUUUCCUGCAGCUGCAGAACGUUAAAGACGCCUGCUGCUCUUUCCUUCAGGAGAGGUUGCAUCCAAAGAACUGCCUGGGUGUGCGCCAGUUCGCCGAGACCAUGAUGUGCACGACGCUGUACGACGCCGCCAACAGCUUCGUGCAUCAGCACUUUGUGGAGGUUUCUGUGUCCGAGGAGUUUCUGAGCCUGCGGGCCGACGAGGUGCUCGAGCUGGUGGGCUGCGACGAACUCAACGUCAAGGCUGAGGAGCAGGUUUUCGAGGCCGUCCUUGCGUGGGUGAGGCAUCAGAGAGACGACCGCGAGUCCUGCCUGCCUGAGCUGCUUUCCAAGACCAGACUGCCCCUGUGCCGACCCCAGUUCCUGGCUGAUCGAGUUCAACAGGACGAGCUGGUGCGCUGCUGCCACAAAUGCAGGGAUUUGGUAGACGAGGCAAAGGAUUAUCACCUAAUGCCAGAGCGGCGACCUCACCUGCCCGCCUAUAAGACACGACAAAGAUGCUGCACGUCCAUCGCCGGGUUAAUCUACGCAGUCGGAGGACUCAACAGUGCAGGUGACUCAUUAAACGUCGUGGAAGUAUUUGAUCCAAUCGGUAACUGCUGGGAACGCUGUCAGCAAAUGAGCACGGCCCGGAGUCGAGUGGGCGUGGCCGUGGUCAACGGGCUACUCUAUGCUAUCGGGGGCUACGACGGCCAGUCUCGGCUCAGCACGGUCGAAGUGUACAACCCAGAAACGGAUACAUGGAGUAAAGUCGCCAGCAUGAACAGUCAGCGCAGUGCAAUGGGGACAGUGGUAGUUGAUGGACACAUAUACGUCUGCGGUGGCUAUGAUGGCAAGUCCUCACUCAAUUCAGUAGAGUGCUAUUCUCCAGAAACCGACAGAUGGACAAUAGUAACGGAGAUGAGCGCGAGUCGCAGUGCUGCAGGCGUGACGAUAUUUGAAGGGAGGAUUUAUGUUUCAGGUGGCCAUGAUGGUCUGCAGAUUUUCAACACGGUGGAGUAUUAUAACCAGCACACGGCGCAGUGGCACCCCCUGUCCCCCAUGCUGAACAAGAGGUGCAGGCAUGGCGCAGCGGCUUUGGGCAGUCAGCUCUACGUGGUGGGCGGCUACGACGGCUCUGGUUUCCUGAGCGGCGCCGAGGUGUACAGCUCCGUAGCCGAGCAGUGGAGCCAUCUGGUGGCCAUGAACACACGGCGCAGUCGAGUCUCUCUCGUAGCGAACUGCGGCCAUCUGUACGCCGUCGGGGGCUACGACGGCCAGUCCAACCUCAGCUCGGUAGAGAUGUACGACCCAGAGACCAACCGCUGGACGUUUAUGGCGCCCAUGGUGUGCCACGAAGGCGGCGUCGGGGUCGGAUGUAUACCCCUGCACCCAGCUUAGCCAAAAAAAAUAAUAAUCAAACCAAAACAAACAAAUUCGAAGUGGAGAACUUCCCUAAUGCACUCGUGCAACUUGAUGACCUGACGCACGUAGCAUCGGAAGGGCUGUACUGUCGUAUGUGAUGUUACAGAAAACCAACACGCUGUGUACACACGGUAUAGCUUUGGCAGGGAUGUGGUAUAACGUCUUUAUUCUGAUCACGGUUUGAAAUAUUAAAAAAAAAAAGUGGGGGGGGACAAUUACAUACUUUCAUAUGGGGAUCUUUUAUAAGGUGGUGUCAAACUGGGUGCUUGUGCAGACAAUGGCAGGGUUUGAGAGAGUGAUUUUGUGUUUUUAGAGGAAAAAAAAACAGAAAAAGGAAGAAUGAGAUGAUGUCAUGGCUGUAAAACAGGCGCUUUGUGGAUUCGGGCUCUUCAGUAAAGGGUGUCGUACACCAAUUGGGAUACAGACCCAUUAGGGAAGUGUGUGUGUGAGAGAGAGAGACCUAAAGGGAUAAAUUCGCCUCAUAAGCUGGGAGAUAUGCAGGAUGGUACAAGUUAACCACUGACAAGCAAAUGUAUGUUAUUUGGGAGAAUAUAAUCACACGUUAUUUCUAGGGAUAAAUCACAGGAGCCCGUUUUGAUUUUUCUAGCAUGGUGUUGUAAACCAUUUUAUUUGGGAUCUGAUUUUUUUUUGUGUGUGUGUGUCGCGAUGAAUGCGGACCAACAGAACCUCGAUGUAACUGUGCAAAACAUCCACCAGAUGUGCCAUAUUCCAUACAGCCAUCACACUGGACUACUAUCGGGUCAAGCUCUACCACUUCUCUGAGCACUUUGGGCUCUUACUGAAGAGGCCUUGUUGUUUUAUUUGGGACACGGUGACACCUCCUGGCAGAGGGGACCGAUAACGACGGCCUGUCUUACUCUUACUCUUACCUCCUGAAUAGCUCUCCAUUCCUCCUCUGCUGUGGAUGGAAAUCAACGUGUUUAAUACCAAAAAGAAGUGGUGUGGAGUUGCCUAACGACCAGCAUCGUCAGCGCCGUGUCCGUUAUCUGUGGAGUGGCAUCGAUUCCUGGUGGUGAUAGUUAGAAUAACGUGUCUAAACAACCAGACUCGGGUUGUGGGGGGGAAAAAUAUAUGUAUAUAUGCGCUUUGUACAUUUUUCUUUUCAGCCAGCUGCUUUGUGGAAUCACUAGUAACAACUCCUCCUAAUUUGGGAUUACUGACUGUGAAUUUAGAGUAUUGGACGUCCGUCAUUUCCUUUCCUCUCUUUUUGAUGUUGAAUUGACUAUAGCCUAGAUUAUGUAUUGUAAUAACGUUCAGUCAUGGUGCAGUAUUUUAUACUACUUUUUAAAUUUUUUUUCUUAAUUCCGAGACCACAGUUUGGUUUUUUUUAGUUGUAUUUUUUGUGCAUAUUUUUUAUGAUGUUGCACAUCAUAGUUCAGUAAUCUAUCUUAACGUUAAGAAUCAAAUUUAUAGAUGUGUGUGUGUGUGUAUAGUGUAAUAUAUAUAUGAGCAGAGGAUCAUGAUCAUACCGUGGCCUAGUGACUCUGUAGUCUUUCUGUGUGUCUGAAAAUCUUUAGCUACCUCUGUUUUAAGAUGGGAGAGCUUGAGCUUGUGUCGUGCGAGACAGAGACGGCCGCUCUGCUAACACCGUCUCAGUUUCAACCGAAGGAUCUCCAAAUCAGUGACUGAAAUCUUGAGUGUGGAGAUUUUUCACAUUAUGGACAUCAUUUUGUAAAUGUCCUAAAUAAAUCAUGUUUUUUUUUUGUU